GCCUUCUAUCCCGGCUCCCGCCAUGGCGUGGAGUGGACCUUGGCAAGGGCUGCCCUUUCCGCGGGUCAUUAUUUGCUGCCGCGAGGCGGGCAGGCAGGCAGCGGAGAGCCGAGUCAGCCUUCCCGCUUAUCUGCUCCAAGGAAAGAGGCAGGCGCGGUGGGCAGGGACUAGACUGGAGCUUCUUAUAAGCCGCCAAGGCGUUAACGGGGACAGCGGCGGCGGCGACCAGGGCUCCUGCCAAGAUGCCUCCGGAGUCGAGCGUCCUGCUGCUGCUGCUGCUGCGGCUGCUCUGCCUCGCGUCGGUGCUUGGCUUGGACCCCUCGCUGAUGCCCCCCAACCAGCCGGACACCGAGGAAGGUGCCCGCCAGUUCGCAGAGGCUUACAACAGCUCCGGGGAAAUCGUCUUCUUCGAAAGCGUCUCUGCUAGCUGGGAUUACAACACCAACCUGACCGACUUUAACUCCCAGCGGCAGAUAACAGUCUCUAUGAUGGAGCAGAACUUCACAGAGAUUUGGGGAAAGAAAGCAAAAGAGACUUAUGGGGAUAUCUGGAAAAACUUCACUGAUCCUCAGCUAAAGAAAAUCAUUGGUUCCAUCCAGACCUUAGGGGCCUCCAACUUACCCAUGGACAAGAGGGAACGGUAUAACACCAUCUUGAGUGAGAUGGACAACAUCUACUCCACUGCCAAAGUGUGUCCACCAAUUAAUAACUCCAGCUGUUGGGCCCUAGAGCCAGAAAUAACAGAUAUCAUGGCCACCUCUCGCAGUUAUAGCAAACUCCUCUUUGCCUGGGAAGGAUGGCACAAUGCAGCAGGCAACCCUGUGAGAUCCAAGUAUGAGGAGUUUGUGACACUAAGCAAUGAGGCCUUCAGAAUGGAUGGCUUCAAGGAUACUGGUGAUUAUUGGCGUUCCUGGUAUGAUUCACCAACUUUUGAGGAUGAUCUGGAGCAGCUCUAUCAUCAACUGGAGCCACUUUACCUAAAUCUGCAUGCUUUUGUCAGGAGAAAGCUGUAUGAUCGGUAUGGUCCUAAAUACAUCAACCUGAAGGGCCCCAUUCCAGCUCACUUACUGGGUAACAUGUGGGCUCAACAAUGGAACAACAUUUAUGAUAUGAUGAUCCCUUUCCCAAAUAAGCCCAAUCUCGAUGUCACCAGUACGAUGCUGCAACAAAAUUGGAAUGCAACUCACAUGUUCCGGGUGUCGGAGGAGUUCUUCACCUCGCUUGGCCUGUUUGGAAUGCCACCUGAAUUCUGGGAGAGUUCCAUGCUGGAGAAGCCAACAGAUGGGCGGGAGGUGGUAUGCCAUGCAUCGGCAUGGGACUUCUACAACCGCAAGGAUUUCAGGAUAAAGCAGUGCACAACUGUCACCAUGGAGCAGCUCUUCACAGUACACCAUGAGAUGGGACAUGUUGAAUACUACCUGCAGUACAAGGACCAGCCCAUCACCUUCCGCAGUGGGGCCAAUCCUGGCUUCCAUGAAGCUAUUGGGGAUGUCAUGAGCUUGUCUGUCUCUACCCCUGCACACCUCAAGAAAAUUGGGUUGCUCAGCCAAGUCACCGAGGAUAAAGAGAGUGAUAUCAACUACCUGCUGAAAAUGGCCCUGGAGAAGAUUGCCUUCCUCCCUUUUGGCUACCUGAUAGACCAGUGGCGAUGGAAUGUCUUUAGUGGGCACACCCCUCCCAGGCGCUAUAACUACGAUUGGUGGUACCUCCGAACAAAAUAUCAGGGGAUUUGCCCUCCUGUUGCAAGGAAUGAAACAAACUUUGACCCUGGUGCCAAAUAUCACAUCCCUGGCAACACACCUUACAUAAGGUACUUCGUCAGUUUCAUUCUGCAGUUCCAGUUCCACAAGGCCCUCUGCCAAGCUGCCAACUACACUGGCCGCCUUCAUACCUGUGACAUCUACCAGUCCAAAGAAGCUGGAACAAAGCUCAGUGAGGCCCUGAGGGUUGGAUCUUCUCAGCCAUGGCAAGAUAUUCUCCAACAAGUCACUGGCACAAAUAAGAUGGAUGCAGCAGCAUUGCUGGAAUAUUUUAGCCCCGUUACUGAGUGGCUCAAAGAGCAGAACAACAAAACAAAUGAAACGUUGGGCUGGCCAGACUUUGAGUGGCGUCCCCCAAUUCCAGAGGACUACCCAGAAGGCCUUGAUAAAAUAACUGAUGAAGCAGAGGCUAAAACUUUCCUGGAAGAGUACAACCGCACAGCCGAAGUGGUAUGGAAUGCUUAUACAGAAGCCUCUUGGUCAUACAACAUCAACAUCACAGAUCACAACAAACAGAUCAUGUUAGAAAAGAACCUGGAAAUGUCCAACCAUACGCUCAAGUAUGGCAUCAAGGCUCGGCAGUUUGAUUCCACUGACUUCCAGGACUCCAAGAUACAGCGCAUUCUGAAGAAGCUAAGUGACAUAGAACGUGCAGCCUUACCUGAAACAGACCUGAAGGAGUAUAAUCAACUCCUCUCAGACAUGGAGACGACUUACAGUGUAGCCAAAGUCUGCAAACCCAACCAAAGCUGCAAGGCACUGGAUCCUGAACUUACGGAUAUCAUGGCCCAAUCUAGAGACUACAAUGAGCUUCUUAGUGCCUGGAAAGAUUGGCGGGAUGUGUCAGGGAAGCCAAUCCGAAGCCAAUACAAGAGAUAUGUACAGCUGAGCAAUGAGGCUGCCAGGCUGAAUGGUCAUGCAGACAAUGGUGCUUUCUGGAGAUCCCUGUAUGAAACGCCCACUUUUGAAGCUGAUCUGGAGAGGAUCUGGCAGGAGCUUCAACCAUUGUACCUCAAUCUGCAUGCCUAUGUGCGUCGGGCUCUCUACAGCAGUUAUGGUUCAGGCCACAUCAAUCUCAGGGGCCCUAUUCCAGCUCAUUUGUUAGGGAACAUGUGGGCACAGUCAUGGACAAACAUUUUUGACCUCAUCAUGCCCUUUCCCAAUGCUAUCAAAGUGGAUGCUACACCAGCCAUGAAAAGUCAGGGCUGGACCCCAAGGAGGAUGUUUGAGGAAUCGGACAACUUCUUCAGAUCACUGGGCCUCAUCCCUAUGCCGCCUGAGUUCUGGAACAAGUCCAUGCUGGAGAAGCCAAGAGAUGGGAGGGAAGUGGUGUGCCAUGCCUCAGCCUGGGACUUUUACAACCGCAAGGACUUCAGGAUUAAGCAGUGCACUGUGGUGAAUAUGGAUGAUUUGAUAACUGCUCACCAUGAAAUGGGCCAUGUCCAGUACUUUCUGCAGUACAAGGAUCAGCCCAUCUCGUUUCGUGAUGGGGCCAACCCAGGAUUCCAUGAAGCCAUUGGAGAUGUCAUGGCCUUAUCUGUUUCCACUCCAAAGCACCUGCACAGCAUCAAUCUGCUGGAUCGGAUGGAGGACAAUGAGGAGAGUGACAUCAACUACUUGAUGAGCAUUGCACUGGAUAAGAUUGCUUUCCUGCCCUUUGGCUACUUGAUGGACCAAUGGAGAUGGAAAGUGUUUGAUGGGCGUAUUAAGGAAGAUGAGUACAAUCAACAGUGGUGGAAUCUCAGAUUGAAGUAUCAAGGCUUAUGUCCACCUGUACCAAGAUCAGAAGAAGAUUUUGACCCAGGUGCAAAAUUUCAUAUUCCUGCCAAUGUCCCUUAUGUCAGAUACUUCGUCAGUUUCAUAAUCCAGUUCCAGUUCCACCAAGCCCUGUGCAAAGCUGCUGGCCACACAGGACCCUUGCACAAGUGUGACAUCUACCAGUCUAAGGAAGCCGGGACAAUCCUGGGGAACACCUUGAAGCUUGGCUACAGCAAGCCAUGGCCAGAAGCUAUGCAGCUUGUCACAGGGCAACCCAAUAUGUCGGCUGAGGCUGUGCUGACCUAUUUUCAACCACUGACGACCUGGCUCAUCAACGAGAACUUGAGAAAUGGAGAGACUCUGGGCUGGCCUGAAUACACCUGGAUGCCUGAUCCUGGUAAUUGCACAAGCCAAGUGCCAGUGAAUGAUGACAGAGUCAGUUUCCUGGGGAUGUCCAUGACAAGCAGCAAAGCCUCAGCAGGCCAGUGGAUCUUGCUUAUCAUUGGGUUGAUCUUCGUCAUUGCAACAAUAGGCUUGGCAGUCAGAGUGCACAAUGCCAGAAGGGGAACCUUCAAAUCUAGCUCAGAGAUGGAGUUGAAAUAAGUCGUAUGUUUUCAAUCUUUCCUCUCCUGUGCCUCCAUGUGGGUGCGCAAAGAGGCUGUGUGAAGCUGUGUGAGAAUGCAGAGGGUGUGUGUGUGUGUGUGUGUGUGUGUGAGAGAGAGAGAGAGAGAGAGAGAGAGAGAGAGAGAGAGAGAGAAAAGGGGGGAGUCAGUGACAUAAAGAGGGGUGUUAAUCUUCAUUGGCAUGUAUGUAUAUUCUUAAGUGCUCAGUGGAUUUGUACAGAAAUGCACAUGGGCUGUGUGUGUCUAAAGUAGGUAGAUCAUGGUUGUAUACCUUUAGGUAUGGUGAAAAUGUGAGUAUGUGGACUGAGAUAGGGUGUGUGUGUGUGUGUGUGUGUGCAUGUGCGCGCAAAUAUAUAUAUAUAUAUAUAUAUAUAAUGCAUGUCUGUGCACAGGGUUGUAUGUAUGACUAAUACGUAUGCACUUGUGUGGAUGUGGGCUGGGAAUGCAUGUACAUGUGCAUGCAUCUGUGUGUGGCCUAAUUUGCAAGGCCUAGUUCAGGCAUGAACAAUUACUAUGCAUCUGGGUCCAGCUGUGUGUGCUACUGUGAGGGGCAGCCUUGUACAUGAAGUUGUACCAAAAAAUAAAAUAAAGGCAAAGGACUCUCUCUUCCAACUAGUUAAAAAAACAACAACAACACCUUUUGACUAUGCAAGAGCCAAAGCAGAAAACUUAUUUAUUUGUGAAUGUCUGGAUUCUUGAAGGAAGAAAAAAGAAGAAAAGUUGAAGAAUGGGACUAUGCGAUCAAAUUUGGGGGGUGGGAAUGGCUGGAUGAUAUAAAUCAGUGUUGAUGCCAUGGGUUUCCUAAAGUUUGGAUGUCUUCAUUUGGAAAAGAGGAUAACAUCUACAUGGAUUAUCUCAAAGCCAAUGCUAUAGCUCUAGCAGGUGGUAUUUGAUGCAGCAACUCUGUUGGGUUUCUCCAAAUGUUGUGGGGAAGUUGCUUUUAUUUGCUCCAGAAAGCUUUUUUAAAGACUGUUGUGUGCAUGGAUGAAAAUUAAAAUGAAUCACAGUCUCCAUA